CAUACCCUCAACUCACUAGGGCAUUGUACCAACACGCCAGCCCCAUAACCUGCUCCACAAUAUAGCUACAGACUUGCAAUAAAAUCAAGAUGGGGGAGAAGCGAAAGCGCACGGUUGCUGUUCGGGAGUCUCAUCCUUCCAAACACCGCAGUGCAACACCUGCUGCCGCUGAAGCUCCAACACCUGAGGAGCAAACCCCCACCCCCGAAGUCCCAACGUCUUUUACAAAGGAUGGACCACUCCCGGUUAUUCCGCAACGCCAGCCAGGUGGAUUACUGUUGAGCGAUUAUCAAUCUGUGGCCGAGAGCAAGGUCAUGGCAGAGUCAUUAAUCCGAUCCCAAAGGAAAUGGGUGGAUGGGGAUAUCUUCGAGAAAUUCUGGAUAAAGCCGCUAAAGUCACGGAAGCUGGAUCCAGCAGAACUAGAGAAGAAUCCAUCAAAGGAUUGCAUGACCAGGCUUGGGAAUUGCACCAUGAGUUCUAUGCCACAUAAGUUCGAGAUCAAAUUGUUUGGUGUACUGGAGCCCUUAGACAUUUCGGAAAACACCACAUCGGGGCCGGGUUUUACAGCCCACCAUGCGCAAUCCUCGGGAGCUGGUGUUCAGACACCGCCAGCACACCAUCAAGUUCCCCAACAGGGUGUUGCCCGGGCUCCAGAUCUCGCUCGGACACAGUCAAGCCCUGCCUCAGUGACUCCAGUCCCACAUCAAAGACCAACGGGCAAUCCUGGCAUAUCCCCGCAACCGUCUACCCCUGGCCAACCAUCUCAUCAAGGCCCGCAAUUACAGCCAAGUCAUCCUGCCCAACAAGACCCUCCUAGGGUGGCACCCCCACCGGCGGCCUCACGCCCGGACCCUGUAAUCCAAGCUCUUGCUAUUCGGGCAGCAUCUGACCCUGAUUUAAAAGCCCUCAUGCGGAUUGUUGCUUCUGGGAAGGCAACGACAGAACAGCUCAAGAUAUUCCAAGCCCAUAUUGAUGUCUUGACUCCCGUCGCAAGCUCUCAAUUGAUUCGUAGUCAUGCCGCACGUCCAUCAACACAGACUCCUGGACCUUCUGUAACCCUUGGGAGUGGUCACACAGCGCAGGCACCUCAUCAACAGACGCAUCCGGGGCAUCAACAGCGACAUCAACAACAACCACAACUACAGCACACACAACAACCGCAGCCCCAGCAUCAGCAUCAACAUCAUCCGCAGCAACACCACCAACAGCAAUAUCAUCAACACCAAACACAUUCACAGAGCCAUUCUGAAUCUCCACAAUUCGCGCACCAUCCUCUGCAGUGUACCCCGAGUAGAAUUCCUGUUCCUCAUCCGGCGCAGACAAAUCCCAAGCCCCGGCCAUUUCCCCAGCCCCCUAAGCAAGAGAUCACAUCUGUAGUGUUUGAGUUUGUUGACCCCUACAGCCAAGGAGAUCGGUUCCUUUUCCCCAAACAUGCAAUCCUUGAAUAUCUGAAGGGUGGGACAGUGGUCCGAGCUUCGUUCAUACUAGUUCGCAAACCGGUUGAUGAUUUGGAUGAGUAUUACCAACCUAUAACGGUUGUUUUGGAGUCUGCAACCCCUAAACCCUUGGAGAUACUUCAGAGAGUUGUUGCCAGUGCAGAGAAUACCCUCAAACACAUGGAAGAGAUAAUGGCAUCAAAGAAAAGGGCAGAGGAUACUUUCCUGGUAUUCCGUUUAAGACGCGAGCCCGGCGAAGCAAUCCCGGACAAGCCUGAGAUGCACGAAAUGGUGGAGGCAAGUGCCAGAACCCUCCGAGAACGUAGGGCUAGAAGGGAAAGCAGCACACCUGCACACGACCUCAAGAACUUUGCGGACACACCCCAAGCAGCACCGCCAAGGCCACGGGUGAAGACAAUUAAAAAGGCGAUUCCUCGAGAACCUACUACUCAACCCUCUAUCCCAUCCCCUUCCACCAGCGCAGUCAGGACGCCAGUUCCCAAGAUGCCGAAGACCCCAAGACCCCCUAAACCCCCUCGCUCUAGGAAAGGGAGGAUCGCGGAUCCGACAAAGAGUUGCCAUAUAUGCCAGACGUCCAAAACAUCCCUUUGGCGAAAGGCCGACAUUGAGGGAGAAAAUGUAACAGUAUGUAAUGCCUGCGGCAUCAAAUGGAAAACCAAUGCCCAGAAAGCGGCUCAGGCUGCGACGCAGGGAGCUACUAGUCAACCUUUGCCCACCGAUAGAGCCAGCUCGAGCUCAGGCAUAGUUGGACCAGCGACCCAUCAACUAGUAGCCGGUGCCCCGCAAAUGCAAUGCAACCAACGCGCAGUUGGGCUGACCGCUAAUGAUUUGAGUGGACAACAAGUGCAUGCUGUUGCAUAUCAGAUCUCUAGCACCACAGCCGCAUCAAGUGCCCCUGUACCUUCCCUGCAACAUCAUCCGCAACUCGCAGUGAAUCUAUCCGCUCCUCAACCAAGUUUACCGCAGCAGGAUGGCAAUUCCCAACAGUCUUCGUUGACGGGGGGUCUGCAGCUCGCAGGUUCGUCGGGUGAGAAUGGCGCUCAAAGUUUACCUCUUGUGAACGACACCCCGCAGGGUUUGGUGUCAGGCGCCGCAGAUAGGCCCCCACUGCCGCUACAAUCAAUUCCCGAGAAGCCGAUAGAUCAGAAUAGUUCCAUGGUGCAAGAUUCUCCCGGAGGAUUAGGGGAUAUCGUGUAG